GGUGAGCGACAUUCACACACUUGCAUUUCCAGUGUUCGUUCGGAGUGCCAAUAAGCACUUACCCCCUCACCUCUCGCCCUCCACGCGGCAGAGGGAGCAGGACGUGGCGCGCCGGCGUCCCGCUCCAGUCAGUCCAGCGUCGAGCGUUGGUGGAGAGUGCCCUGCGUAAGAGUGACCGUGACGAGAAUGAGUCGGUGUGUCGAGAAAGAUCUAUACAUCAGCGACGAAGACACCAUGGAGCCGCUGGUUCUGAGUCAGGAUUCGGAGGAAACCAAAGACUCAUCAUGCUACACCCUAGAACUCCACCCCUCCGGGAUGCUUUAUGAAGAGUCGUCUUGCGACCCGGAGGCCGCGCCCCCCGCCUCGCCUCCCGCCGCCACCGAGGUACCCGCCGAGGCCCUCGGCGCCUGCAGGAAGGCCACCAGCGAGGAAGCGUCGUUCGCGGCGUUCGCGUAUGAGGACGCGUACUUCCAGCAGUUGUGGAGUGAAGAAGCCCCGGCCCCCGAGUCCCACCCUCUCUCCAUGCCCUUUAUGGAAGAGGAGACUUGCGAUGGGUUAUCAUCCGUCCUAACUCGACCUUCAGUGCAGUGCAGUCAGUGUUUGAACGUUUGGGAAAGAAGGGAGGCAAUGUGUUCAGCCGUCUGGGUCACCAACAGCAGCAAGAGGAAGCACAUGUGGACGAGCUGCAGCAAGAGGAAGCACAUGUGGACGAGCAGCAGCAAGAGGAAGCACAUGUGGACGAGCAGCAGCAAGAGGAAGCACAUGUGGACGAGCAGCAGCAAGGCGAUCCGUGCGUGAGGUGGCGGCGCACUGCACCCCGUCGCUCCAUCACCCUUACUCCCCGUGCCCUAAAAGAAAUCAGCCGAAGAAGGAAGAAGUAAGAAAAAAAUUGUUUCAUAACUUAUUUUGUAAACAAUCAUUUUUUUUUUGUAAACAAACAUUUUUUUAUUUUGUAAACAAAUUAUGUUUUUUACAUAAAUCAUGUGCAUUCCAUUUGAUUGUUUUCUUUCAACAAGCCUGAAUUUGUCACAUCACGGGAAAGUUAACUUGGGUAAAAACUUCAACUGUCGAACGAUUCUUUGAGCGGGGAAAAUUUAAGUUGAACAACUCAUUUUCAAUACAAGACAUGUUAUUUUAUCCAACACUAGCUACAUUAUGAUGUCAGUACAAUGAUGUUAAUACAAAACUCAUUAGAAAUAACAACAUCCUCUACUUGGUUGUAGAAAUGGAUGAGUGAAAUUACUUUACCAUACUUCUGACUCAAGAUUUUGAGAGCAAACAUUUGACGAUUCUUUGUGCGGGGGAAAGUUAAAGUUCUCAUUUUAAAUACAACACAUUUUAUUUUAUCCAACACACUUUGUGAUAAUUAAACAAAGCUUGUUUUAAUUAAUAACAUUUACUAUUGGGUUACAAAAAGAGAUGACUUUACUUGUGUUGUGAGCUGAGAUUUUAAAAGCAAACAAUUGACGAUUCUUUCACGGGGUAAA